CACGUCAGUUGAGGGGUAUUUUAUCUCUGUUUCAUUCCCAUCGGACUUCAUCAAGUCACUUAUUUUACCAUCACCUUCGAUUAACAAUGUCGCAUGCUGGUGAGCAAAAGAGCAGUUCCCUGACUCUGGUUCUAAUGGUUGCUUCUGCAGCCAUUGGAGGAACUCUUCAGUAUGGCUACAACCUCGCUAUAAUGAAUUCUCCCACAACUUUUAUUCAAACUUUCAUCAACGAGACUUUCCUGGAACGCUGGGACAUCCAGCUGGAGGAUUACCAAGUGACACUGGUCUGGACAAUCAUUGUCUCCAUCUUCUCUUUGGGGGGUUUUGCUGGAGCUCUUAUUGCAGGACCAAUGACCAUCCGCUUUGGGAGGAAGAAAUGUCUGCUGUUGAACAACAUUUUUCUAAUGAGUGGUGCACUCUUGGCGCUGACAAGUAGAGCUGCCAAAUCGUUCGAGAUGAUCAUUAUCUCACGUGUCCUGGUUGGAAUAAAUGCUGGAAUCAGCAUGAAUGUGCAGCCCAUGUAUUUUGGAGAAAGUGCACCGCAGCACUUACGAGGAGCCAUCUCCUUGUCUUCAGCUGUUUUCACAGCAUUCGGGGUUGUGUUGGGACAGGUGGUCGGACUCAGAGAGAUUUUGGGCAGUGAGCCGUGUUGGCAGUACCUUCUAGCCAGUAAUGCCAUUCCUGGCCUCAUUCAGCUCUUGACCCUGCCGUGGUUCCCAGAGAGUCCCAGAUACCUGCUCAUCGACAGGGGGGACAAGGAGGCUUGUAUUAACGCUCUGAGACGUCUCCGAGGCUGCGAGGUCCAGAGCAGCGAGCUGGAUGAGAUCCUGCAGGAACAGGCCGAAACCAAAGGCAUGAGGCCGAGGCGACCCUGGGAGCUUUUCACCGACCGCUCUGUGCGCUGGCAGCUCAUCUCCGUCAUGAUCGUCAGCAGCGCCAUGCAGCUCUGUGGCAACGACUCGAUUUACUUCUAUGCAUCGUACGUGUUUAAAGAGGCCGGAAUAUCCGACGAUAAAGUCCAGUAUGUCACAAUCGGCACUGGGACAUGUGAAUUCACGGCCUGUAUAAUGUGUAACCUGCUGGUAGAGCGUAAAGGUCGACGGUUCAUGCUGAUGGGAGGCUUCAUCCUCAUGACCAUCUGGGCUGUCGUCUUCACCAUCGCUCUGUCGUUUCAGCAAUACAUAUCCUGGAUGCCGUACCUGAGCAUGGCCUGCAUCUUCACAUACAUUCUCAGUUUUGGCAUGGGACCAGCUGGAGUGACCGGGGUUCUUCCCACAGAGAUCUUCAACCAGACUGCGAGGCCUGCAGCCUACAUGAUCGCUGGCUCCAUGAUGUGGAUCAACCUGGGCAUCAUUGGAAUGAUCUUCCCAUUUCUAGUGAGUGAGCUGAGCGAGUACUGCUUUGUGCCUUUUGCUGCCGUCUGUGUGUUGUCUGCACUGUACAUCGGCCUGUUUCUGCCUGAGACCAAAGGAAAGUCUCUGUCAGUCAUCACACGUGAAUUCAACAAGCUCAACUUCAAAAACCAGGAUAAGAACUUUGAAUCGCAGACUGAAGCUCAGUAUCAGCUGGGUGAAGUGUGUCACUCCACAGCCUUGUAGAAGAACUUUCUCUCCUGAAUCACACAAUCCUGUUGACGUUAUGCCUCACAUUGGCCUGAUCUGCUGCUGCUGGAAGAUGAAGGAACUCUGAGAGGAGCUUUCAUGUCACUGAAAGACACGUAGAUCCACUCUAGCUCUUUUUUCUGGAGUAUAUUCUCAAUGAGGAGAAAUGCUCGUUUAAAGGAUUCAUCUUUGGCAUUUUCACACUAUUUGUUUUUGCUGCUUUGUGUCCCUGGUUGAUAUGAAACAAACGUUGAAAAACUGCUUAAUAUGCAGCCGACAUGAUCUGGAACACACAAAGUGAUGAUCUUGUGUUAUCAGACACAAUUGAACACAUAAACAUUUGCAGUUACGGUGUCUGAAAAAACAUCUCAUUGAUUUUAAAGGGCUUUUUUUUAUAUAAAGAAUCCAGCAUUACUGUCUUGCUAUCAAAAAGCAAUAAUUUUGAUUAGAUUUUUUUUCCAGUUUUUAUCAUUUAAGUGGGCUGCACAGUAGCUUGGUGGUUAGCACCAUUGUGUCACAGCUAGAAUAUCCCCAGAUCACAUCCUGACCUGGACCUGGGAUCUUUCUGCAUAGAGUUUGCAUUUUCUCCCUGUGCAUAUGUGGGUUUUCUCCAGGUGCUCUCACAGUCCAAAAACAUGCUGAGGUUAACUGAUAAUUCUAAAUUGUCUAUAGGUGUGAAUGUGAGUGGGAUUUUUUUGCCUCUGAUACACUAGGGACCCAUCCAGCUGUCUCCUGCUUUCAUCCUCAGUCAGCCGGGAUAGAUUCCAGCAUCACCACAGCUUUAACUAGAAAAGCACUCGGAGAGUGCAGACCAUAGAUAUAUGUAUAUCUGUGGUGCAGACCUCCGCCAAGGAUAGAGAGGAAAACAGGAAACCCAUGCAGUAAAGGAUCACAAGCUGGAAUUGAACCUGUUCUGUUUACAAAUCACCUUCUUAACCAGUUGAGCUAUCUGGACACAUUGCUUCUAUUUGUUGGACAACAUACUAACCUAUGAUGUUUUUGUCAUAUUUUGGACCAUAUACUAAAACAUACUGUAGCACUGAGUGGUGACUUAAGAUCUUACAGUUAGCACACCAGGCUUUAUUGUCUCUACCACAAUAAGCACUCUAGAACUCACAACAUACCGGCUCGCAGGCCGAGGUCACUCCUCCCGUAACCCCCCUGAGCUACGGUACACAUAAAAACAACAAACACACAAAUGAACUCAGAAUGCAGAACUGAACUAACUAAAUGCAACCAGUAAUUAAAGCACGUCUGGAACAAACAAACAACCCCGUAAAACAAUUCUCAAAGAACACAUAAUUCCCCCCAUGAUGCCUAGCGACCCCCCCUACCCUGAACACAGUCACAGCGGCCCCCACGGCCGCUACAAUACUAAAAAAUUCAAAGUGAUCCAGAAUCCAGGGUCCUUUCCGGAUUGCCACCAAAAUUAAAUCAUCUCUUUCUCUUACCAUAGUCUACAUCCCCUCAAAAUUUCAUGUGAAUCUGCCCAGCUGUUUUUGAGUUAUCUUGCUAACAGACAGACAGACAAACGCCGGGUGUCACAUAACCUCCUUGGUGGAGGUAAUAAGGAUUAAUCAGUGUGUAGAUGAUGGAUGGAUGGAUCAUUUAAGCGGACAAGGAAAAUUGUUUGUCACUUUUUUAAGCAGAGUGAUAGAUGACUAUCUUAUCAAUCCAAGCAGGUAAAUUAGUCCUUGCUUUAUACUGUUAUAUAGAAGGUCAAAAGUCACAGUAAUGAAGCUGCACAUCAGGACUUUCUACAGAAUGCUGUACUUCUCCUUGUUUGGCAAACGACAGCACUUGAAACGAGAUUGUAUGUAGGUAGAGCUAAAUCGUACUCGUAGUUAAUUUACACCUUGACGAGCUGUCCAGUUACAUCGGUUCGCACAGUUCAUUCAUGCAAUAAGGUACUAUGGUGUUACACAUUAACACUUUCAGCAAAGACUGAAAUUAGUAAUCUGCUGUUUUUACAAGAGUGAAACGUGUAAUUGUUUAUGUUGCAUAUUCAUGGCAUUCUUUUUGUCUUAAUGAUUAAAGAAACUUUCUUUCA